AUGUUACAAACACUUUCGACUGAGUUAAAUAAUAUGCAGGCCAAAAGUAAAUAAUAAGUUCAGAGAAUAGAGAAUUUAUAUAUUGGUUUUUAAGAAAUCUAUCAACUAUCAAAUAAUUUGAAUAAUCCAGGUUUAACUAAGCAUGACAUGCUAAGUUAGGUAAGACCAGAAGUUUUCAAUUAAAUAUUAAUAUUUUUAGAUAUUAAACAAAUUUUACAAUUUAGAUUGGUAAGCAGUAGGGCAAAAGAAACAGUAAAGUUAAUUCUUCCAAAAUAUAUAGAUACUUUAUAAUCGUUAAUAGCUGAAUAAUAAAAUGACAUAUAAAUCAAGUUCUAAAGUAUAUAACAAGCAGACAACGAUCAAAAUUAAUAAUAAGCUAUGUAAGCGGCGUUAGAUGGAUUAGCAAGAAUUAAUAAAUCUCAUAUUGUUGAGCUGAAAUCCUUUGCCAGACCACAUGAAUUAGUUGAAAAAGUUAUUAAUCUAAUUUGUUAGUUACUAGAUCCAUCAUUUAAGGUACAAAAAGAUAAUUGGAAGGAAUGCCAAAAAUUCCUUAAUCAAUCAAAUUUUAUAUCUUAAAUUAUAAAUUUAGACAUUAGUAUUUUAAGUGAUAAGCAGUUAUAAUAACUCGAAUAAGUGAAUAGUAUUUCAGAAUAAUAAGCAAGGGCAAUAUCUAUAGUUGCAAAUUCUAUUCUUAAUUAUUUGAAAGCUGUAUUAGAAGUAAGAUAGACUAAAGUUUACAUGACAUAAAAAGCGAUAAAAGAAUUAAACAGCAAAAUAAAGAAAGAGCAAUAAUUGGUUGAUUAGUUAGAAAAGAUCAUUAAUAAAUGA